GGGCCGCCGGCUGGUCGCGAAGUUUCCAUCCUGCCGUCGUCGCCGUCGCCGGACCGGCCGAUCGUCCUGACUCCGGCCAUGCGGCCCCUGCUGCUGCUGCUGCUGCUGCUGCUGUCCCCGCUGGGCUGGCUGCUCCUGGCCGAUGGGAAGGGCGACGCCACGCCGGAGGACAACCUUUUAGUCCUCACGGUGGCCACUAAGGAGACCGAGGGUUUCCGCCGCUUCAAGCGCUCAGCCCAGUUCUUCAACUACAAGAUCCAGGCACUUGGCCUGGGGGAGGACUGGAAUGUGGAGAAGGGGAUGUCGGUGGGCGGAGGGCAGAAGGUUCGGUUGCUGAAGAAAGCCCUGGAGAAGCAUGCAGACAAGGAGGACCUGGUCAUUCUCUUCACAGACAGCUACGACGUGGUGUUUGCAUCGGGGCCCCGGGAGCUCCUGAAGAAGUUCCGGCAGGCCAGGAGCCAGGUGGUCUUCUCGGCUGAGGAGCUCAUCUACCCAGACCGCAGGCUGGAAGCCAAGUAUCCUGUGGUCUCCGAUGGCAAGCGGUUCCUGGGCUCUGGAGGCUUCAUCGGUUAUGCUCCCAACCUCAGCAAACUGGUGGCCGAGUGGGAGGGCCAGGACAGCGACAGUGACCAGCUCUUUUACACCAAGAUCUUCUUGGACCCAGAGAAGAGGGAGCGGAUCAAUAUCACCCUGGACCACCGCUGCCGUAUCUUCCAGAACCUGGAUGGAGCCUUGGAUGAGGUCGUGCUGAAGUUCGAAAUGGGCCAUGUGAGAGCGCGGAACCUGGCUUAUGACACUCUCCCGGUCCUCAUCCAUGGCAAUGGGCCCACCAAGCUGCAGCUAAACUACUUGGGCAAUUACAUUCCACGCUUCUGGACCUUCGAGACGGGCUGCACCGUGUGUGAUGAGGGCCUGCGCAGCCUCAAGGGCAUUGGGGAUGAAGCUCUGCCCACAGUCCUGGUCGGCGUGUUCAUCGAGCAGCCCACACCUUUUCUGUCCCUGUUCUUCCAGCGGCUCCUGCGCCUCCACUACCCCCGGAAACACAUGCGGCUUUUCAUUCACAAUCACGAGCAAUACCACAAGGCUGAGGUGGAGCGGUUCCUGGCAGAGCAUGGCAGCCAGUACCAGUCCGUGAAGCUGGUGGGCCCCGAGGUGCAGAUGGAAAACGCAGAUGCCAGGAACAUGGGCGCAGACCUGUGCCGACAGGACCGCAGCUGUACCUACUACUUCAGCCUGGAUGCCGCCGUGGCCCUGACUGAGCCCGACAGCCUGCGGCUGCUGAUCGAACAGAACAAGAACGUCAUCGCCCCGCUGAUGACCCGCCACGGGAGGCUGUGGUCGAACUUCUGGGGGGCACUGAGUGCUGAUGGCUACUAUGCUCGCUCCGAGGACUAUGUGGACAUUGUACAGGGGCGGCGUGUUGGCGUCUGGAAUGUGCCCUACAUCUCAAAUAUCUACUUAAUCAAGGGCAGUGCCUUGCGUGCUGAGCUGCAGCCCACAGACCUGUUCCACCACAGCAAGCUGGACCCCGACAUGGCCUUUUGUGCCAAUGUCCGGCAGCAGGAUGUGUUCAUGUUCCUGACCAACCGGCAUGCCUUUGGCCACCUGCUCUCCCUGGACAGUUACCAGACCACGCACCUCCACAAUGACCUCUGGGAGGUGUUCAGCAAUCCUGAGGACUGGAAGGAGAAGUACAUCCACGAGAACUACACCAAGGCCCUGGCAGGGAAGCUGGUGGAGAUGCCUUGCCCAGAUGUCUACUGGUUCCCCAUCUUCACGGAGGCAGCCUGUGAUGAGCUGGUGGAGGAGAUGGAGCACUUCGGCCAGUGGUCUCUGGGCGAUAACAAGGACAGCCGCAUCCAGGGUGGCUAUGAAAACGUGCCAACCAUCGACAUCCACAUGAACCAGAUCAACUUUGAGCGGGAGUGGCACAAGUUCCUAGUGGAGUACAUCGCCCCCGUGACGGAGAAGCUCUACCCCGGCUACUACACCAGGGCCCAGUUCGACCUGGCCUUUGUCGUCCGCUACAAGCCUGAUGAGCAGCCCUCGCUGAUGCCGCACCAUGACGCCUCCACCUUCACCAUCAACAUCGCCCUGAACCGGGUUGGGGUGGAUUACGAGGGCGGGGGCUGUCGGUUCCUGCGCUACAACUGCUCCAUCCGAGCCCCGAGGAAGGGCUGGACCCUCAUGCACCCUGGGCGGCUCACACAUUACCACGAGGGGCUUCCGACCACCAAAGGCACCCGCUACAUCGCCGUCUCCUUUGUCGAUCCCUAACUGGCCAGGCCCAGUCCCCUCGGACCUUUCCUCUUUGCCGACAACCACUGCCCAGCAGCCUCAGGGCUUCAGGGUCCAGGGAGCCGUGUCCAGCCUCCAGGCUCCUGACUCCCCUCUGCUCUUGGAGCUGCCCGUUGGAGAGACUGGGCAGCAGGCGCGGCGCAGACCACACUCCCAUGGCUGGGGCUUUGCGUGGUGCUCUGGACCCACCCCAGGAGACACUGUUCACUUCCCUGCUUCGUAGGAACUCCUUGUCCCUGUCUUCCUGAAAAAAACUGCGUCUCCCUUCCUCUGCUUCUUCUGUGGGGCGAGACUUGAGUAGAGCAGGGGCUUGCCUGAGCUGCCAGAGAGACUCUAGGGGCCAGAAGCCACAGCUCAGGUCUUCUCCUCCGCCGAGCUGCAGCUCCAGGGACUUCAGCUUCAAGUUUUGGGGUACACACAGAGACUUGGAUCAGACUCGAGUUCCCACCCUGAGCCUGGGACCGCCGAAGCACCAUCCUCUGUGCCUCCUGUCAUGACAGAAAACCAUUGUCCUCUGGAAGCAGUGACUCAGAAAACCUCCUGGGAGACAGGAAAGCCAUCUGUGCCACAGCUCUGUCCUCUACUUGACCCUUGCUGGGGGGGAGGGAGUGACACAUCCACACACUGCACAUGGUCACCCUGUCCUGGAUGCCUCCACAGAGAGGCAUGGACAGUCAGAAACAGGAGAUUUUCAAUUAAAGGUCAUUCAAACCA